GUCGCUUGUUCAUCUGUGGCAACCAGGGCCAGGCGUCUGUCAGGUCGGGAGGACAAGGGCAAGCGUGAGAGAGUUGAGAAAGAGAAGAAGCAGCAGCAGCGAGAAGAGAAAGUCAGGAAACCAUCCCCUCCCCAGCAGUACAGUUAAAGGAUAACACGCGUUUGAGUUUCGGGGGGAACAGAAAGUAUCGGCACAAUGAUGAUGACCCAGGUGGAGACCACGGUGCACUAUGAUAACGGCUACGAGUAUGAAUACAUGAUGCAGGAGGAUGAGUGGGACAGGGACAUGCUGCUGGACCCUGCCUGGGAGCAACAGCAGAGGAAAACCUUCACAGCCUGGUGUAACUCCCACCUGAGGAAAGCUGGUACUCAAAUUGAAAAUAUUGAGGAAGACUUCAGGAAUGGAUUAAAACUCAUGCUGCUUCUGGAAGUUAUCUCAGGAGAGAGGUUACCCAAGCCAGACAGGGGGAAGAUGCGCUUUCAUAAGAUUGCUAACGUCAACAAAGCAUUGGACUUCAUCACUAGCAAAGGAGUGAAACUGGUCUCCAUUGGAGCUGAAGAGAUUGUGGACGGUAAUGUAAAGAUGACUCUUGGAAUGAUCUGGACUAUCAUCCUUCGCUUCGCCAUUCAGGACAUUUCUGUGGAAGAAACAUCCGCCAAGGAAGGCCUUCUCCUGUGGUGUCAGAGAAAGACUGCCCCCUACAGGAAUGUCAACGUCCAAAACUUCCAUGUCAGCUGGAAGGAUGGCCUGGCCUUCUGCGCCCUGAUUCAUAGACACAGACCCGACCUCCUCGACUACUCUAAGCUCAACAAGGAUGAUCCUAUGGGGAACCUGAACCUGGCUUUUGACAUAGCUGAGAAACACCUGGACAUUCCCAAAAUGCUGGACGCAGAAGAUAUUAUCAACACCCCGAAGCCUGAUGAAAGAGCUAUCAUGACCUAUGUGUCCUGCUUCUACCAUGCUUUUGCUGGAGCUGAGCAGGCAGAGACGGCCGCCAACAGGAUCUGUAAGGUGCUCGGUGUAAACCAGGAGAAUGAGAAACUGAUGGAGGAGUAUGAGAGACUGGCCAGUGAGCUGCUGGAGUGGAUCCGCCGCACCACUCCCUGGCUGGAGAACCGGACCCCAGAGAAGACCAUGGCAGAGAUGCAGCGGAAGCUGGAGGAUUUCAGGGACUACAGACGCCAGCACAAGCCCCCUAAGGUGCAGGAGAAGUGCCAGCUGGAAAUUAACUUCAACACCCUGCAGACCAAGUUGCGCAUCAGCAAUCGCCCUGCCUUUAUGCCCUCUGAGGGGAAGAUGGUAUCUGACAUAGCCAGUGCAUGGCAGGGCCUAGAGCAGGCAGAGAAAGGCUACGAGGAGUGGCUCCUUACAGAGAUCCGUAGGCUCGAGAGGCUGGACCACCUGGCAGAAAAGUUUCGCCAAAAAGCCACCAAUCAUGAGAACUGGGCCAGCGGUAAGGAAAUGAUCCUCUCCCAGAAGGACUAUGAAACAGCCACCCUGACAGAAAUCAGAGCAUUGCUUCGAAAACACGAGGCCUUUGAGAGUGACUUGGCAGCCCACCAGGACAGAGUGGAGCAGAUUGCCGCCAUUGCACAGGAACUAAAUGAACUGGACUAUCAUGAUGUGGCUGCUGUGAACCAGCGCUGCCAGAGCAUCUGUGACUUGUGGGACAAGCUGGGAACCUUGACUCAGAAGAGGAGAGAGGCACUGGAACGGACAGACAAACUGCUGGAGACCAUCGAUCAGUUGUUCCUGGAGUUUGCCAAGAGGUCGGCUCCUUUCAACAACUGGAUGGAAGGAGCCAUGGAGGAUCUGCAGGACAUGUUCAUAGUGCAUACUAUUGAAGAAGUCCAGAGUCUAAUCGCAGCUCAUGAGCAGUUCAAAGCUACUCUGCCUGAGGCGGAUGCAGAGAGACAGGCCAUCUUGGGAAUCCACAAUGAGGUGCAGAAAAUUUCCCAGAGCUAUGGAAUCAAAGCCAACAUUAUCAACCCUUACAGCACCAUUACAACUGAGGAGCUCCUCAACAAGUGGGAAAAGGUGAAGAAGCUGGUUCCUCAGAGAGAUGGUGCCCUCCAGGAGGAGAUGGCACGCCAGCAUGCCCACGAAAGGUUGAGACGGCAAUUUGCUGCCCAGGCUAAUCUCAUUGGACCCUGGAUACAGGCCAGGAUGGAGGAAACUGGGCGCUGCUCCCUGGACAUAAGAGGCACCCUGGAGGACCAGAUGACCCAGCUGAAACAAUGUGAGCAUGUCAUUGUCUCUUACAAGCCCAACAUCGACAAGUUGGAGGGAGACCAUCAGCUAAUCCAAGAGUCCCUGGUGUUUGAUAACAAACACACCAACUACACUAUGGAGCACAUCCGUGUCGGGUGGGAGCUGCUCCUUACAACCAUCGCCCGAACUAUCAAUGAGAUCGAGACCCAGAUUCUGACCCGGGAUGCCAAGGGCAUCAGCCAGAAGCAGAUGAAUGAGUUCAGAUCCUCUUUCACCCACUUUGACCGGAAAAAGAAUGGAGCAAUGGACACUGAUGACUUCAGAGCUUGCCUCAUCUCUAUGGGAUAUGACUUGGGAGAGGUUGAGUUUGCCCGUAUAAUGAUGCUUGUAGACCCCAAUGGUACUGGAAUCGUCUCCUUCCAGUCUUUCAUUGACUUUAUGACCAGAGAGACGGCUGAUACAGACACUGCCGAGCAGGUUGUGGCAUCCUUCCGGAUCCUGGCCGCUGACAAGCCCUACAUACUAGUGGAGGAGCUGCGGAGAGAACUUCCCCCUGAACAAGCAGAGUAUUGCAUCAUGAGGAUGCCGCCUUACACUGGCCCUGGAGCACCACCGGGGGCACUGGACUACACUGCCUUCUCCACUGCCCUCUAUGGAGAAAGCGACCUUUAACCCAACUAGAAAAACCUAACCACCCCCUCCUAGCCUCCCCUCCAUCUCUUGACGAAUUUAAAGAAUCUAUAAGAAAGUUGGAACAAAUAUGUUGAAUGAAGUGUGUUUGUGACCAUACCGAGUUUUUGUUGAUUAGUUUUCUGACGCAUUAGAUUGUCUAUAAUCAUGCUGAGCAUUGUCAUGUGUCUUGGUACCCUUCUUAAGUUCUCCCAGAUAAAAGAUGACCCCUAAUCGAAUAGAAACUGCCAUGUUCAAAUUAUAUUUUGAGAAACAAUGCAUUGUACACUUUAUCUUGUGUGUUAUGGUAUUUGUGCAGAAAGUGCAGUCCAGUACAGUGAUUAAGGUGAAGCUAGAAAAUAAAUUUACAACAUAAACUAGAAUUACUGCUUCGCGGUUGUGCCUCCGCCAACCAGUCAAGUUACAGGAAAUAUGGUCACAAUCUCUCCCUCUGUUCCUGAGUUAUGGCAUUGAAUAAUGGCCAUAAAAGUAUUUUUGCAGAACCUUAUGAUGUCACAGUGAGGUUGACCUUUUGGAUAUAAAAUAUCCUCACUUCAUCAUUUUAUCCUAUUUGACAUUUGUGUGAAAUUGUGUCAUAAUUAACCUAUGAAUUCUCGAGUUAUGGCCAAAAAUGUGUUUUGAGAGGUCACAGCGACCUUAACCUUUGACCUCUGACCACCAAAUUCUAAUCAGUUCAUCCUUGAGUCCAAGUGAACAUUUGUGCCAAAUUUGAAGAAAUUCUUUGUAGGCGUUCCUGAGAUAUCACGGUCACAAGAAUGGGAUGGAAGGACGGCAUAAAAGGCAGAAAAAUGCAGAUCACUUGGUAAUACUCCUACAGUAACAGGAUCAUGGCGUUUCAGUAGUUUAUCAGUUGACGAAAUUAUACAUAAAAGCCCUGUUUCAUCUAGCACUGUCAUGUACUGCUUUCAUGUUUCCUCGCAGUGCCUUUGUUUUGGGAAUACAAUCUCCUGUUAUUUUGAAAUGCUUAAAGUGAAUUACAGUUUACAAAAGCAAUUUCAGACCUUCCCCCAUCCAACAAACACUGUAGAAAAUGGGUUCCCAAAAGGCUAUAAAUAAACAGUACUAACAAAGGAAAAGUGGGAAACCACAUGAAUGCAAAAAUAAAUGUUUACAACUGCUCAGUGCUUUGAAGGCACAGGAUACAGAAGACUAGAUGUGCAGUAUUUAUGAGUAUCGUGUUGAAGAUAAAACACUUUCUCAGGCAGCAGCAAACAUGUUAAUGCUUACAUGUGCCUAGAAAUAAGUACAAUGAACUCCGAAAAUAAAUACACAAAUAAAAUGUCAUGGGAUUUCCAAAUUUUCCUUUGUUGACACAUUAAGACCUAUUGUUAGUAGAAAUAUACAUUGAUUAAUCCACAUUUGUCCAUAUUAAACAGCUGUUUGCCUACAUGUUACCUUUCAAUGUACUCAUGUUGUAUGCCGUUUGAGAAUAAAAUUAAGAGACUGUAUUCAAAGAAUUUCCAUACUUCUACUAAAAUGUCACACAUACAUUAAAUAUAGUAUUUAAAUGUACAGUAGUGACAAUGAUUUCACCGAAAUGUGCUGGUGAUGGUGUCAUAACACCUGAUACUAACUCUAUGCAAAUUACAUUAAGCUACAACAAUCACUAUGUAAUGCUCUUAAUGAAAAAAUAAUGAUAAAACAA